AUGUACCUCUGCCGGCGACUCAAGCCUUGUCAUUUGCAGUACCAUUCCUCCAUUCUCCCCUCCGACAUACUUGUGCGGGCGUCGGACAACGAAAUGGACUUGGACGUGGACUCCCCCAGGGCGAUCCGCGUGCAGCGCCAUCCCUGGGAUCCCGGCGACCAUGGUGAGGACUCGGCGGUCCUCGGGUCAGACUCGGACGAGUCGAGGGGUGGGUCGCAGCAGGUGGCAGUGACCGAUCUGCUUGCGGGCGACAGUGGCGUGUUCUCGAGGAUCACGGACUGUCGUUGUUCAAGCGCAAGCAAAAUCCAAGCAAUCGACUAUGCCACCACCGACGUGCUUCUCCUCGAGAUCCUUGAUUACCAGACGGCCUUGGCAAUGGAACAAGCUUACGCCAAGAAGACGAAGCGCAAACACCGUGUAGACCGGGCUUCUCGGCCCGACACACUGAAGCUUACCAUUCAUACUGUCGAGGAGGUUGCAGAGGCCAUGGCAGACGACGAGGAGGUCUGGUAG